CUUCCGUAUGUUUCAAUCAGAUAACUUCUCUAAUAAAGGGGGUUGUUGAGGAUUUUGGAUACUGCUGCCUCUUAGAGUGUCCUUUAACUUCGUGAAUAAGACUGUGGUUUACGUUUGAUCAGUUUCAACCUGCUGGUAUUCUGCUGAAGUGUGUUGACAGGCCCGACAGGAUGAACCCGCUGGAUUUCCUGGAGCCCGAGGAGCUGCUGCGCUUCUUCCACUGUCAUAAAACCGAGCUGUCCUGCAUGGAGAACCCGUACACCUUCCUGAGCCAGCUCCGAGACUACAACCUGAUCCCCGAGGACAGAUAUCGGGAGGUUAGCCGCAUGAGGAGUAAAGAAAACCUGAAGAAAGCCGUUUAUAAAAUCCUAGACCAGCUGGAGCAGGAAGAUUCAGAGCACAUCCAAUUGUUCUGGGAGUGUGUCUUCAAGGAGAUUAUGCUGACCCAGUACCACACCCUCCGAACGCUGCGCAACAGCCUUAUGGACGGAUCUUUUCAUUUUGGCACCAAAAUACCUGAGAGGGUGGAAAAGAGGGAAAAAGAUAAGAGGAAACAGCAGAAGCUUUCAGAAGACGAGGAGACUGAAGCAAACUCUGUGACAAAAAAGAUGAAACUCAGAAAAAAGAGCAUAUGCGAAGAUGAACAGCCCGGGCCGUCAUCCCAGAUAACACCCAAUCCAAAGAAAAGGAAAGAGAAAAUAUGUUUCUCUACUCCUCAAAAGGAAGACAAGAAUGACGUUUGUUCCUGGCCCAUCUAUAAGACCCAGCUGCCUGUGACCUGUGGAGAAGUGAAGGGAAUACUCAAACGAGAGAAACUGGCUAAAGGAGAAAAAUGUAUUCUGGUGGAGAAACAGUGGUUUACUCCCAUUGAAUUUGAAAGGUUUGCAGGAAUGGAAAGGUACAAGAACUGGAAGUUGAGCAUCCGUUGUAUGGGCAUCCCACUCGGAAAGCAUAUCAAGAAGGGUCAACUGAAGUCAGCACUGCGCUUCAGACCAAGUCAAUCGGCCAAGAAGUCCUUGUUUGGGUCUAAUAAUUCCACCACAGCCUCUAACCAAGAGGAAGACGAAGAUGUAACUGAAAAUGAAGAGAGUGACCCGGAGGACCAGCAGGAGGAGACUUCAUCGAGCAACGAAGAAAAUUCCACGGAUGUCUCAGAAGAGGAACCAGAAGAGAUGGAGGAGCAGGGUGAGCAGCAAACACAAACCUGUCCGGAACAUUACAAGAAGAUGUUCGAAGUGACAUGUGGAGCUCUAUCUGGCACUUUACACAAGCACCGAUUUGCAUCAGGAACUUGUGGGAAGAGUAUUCGUACUGAAGAAAGCUGGAUGAGUCCAGUGGAGUUCACAGAGGCCGCGUUAGGGCCGGAUGUUCCUUGGAGGAGAGACAUCAAGUAUGACGGGAAACCCCUCAACGCUCUCAUUGAGGCUAAAGUCUUGGAGAUCCACUCGCUGCGGUGUACUUGCAACCUGUGCGAGCCAGAGCUUGAAGAACUGGACUAUGAGAAAAAUGAUGAUGAGUGUUUUAUUUGUAAAAGCAACAAAGAGAAGGAUCUGGUAGUUUGCGAUUACUGUCCAAAAUCCUUCCACCAGAAGUGUCAUCUGCCUCAAAUAGAAGACGAGACCUUGAGGGACACCGGAAAAUGGAUGUGCACAUUCUGUAUUUUUGCACGUAAUCAAAACGGCCUCUAUGAUGAUGAGCAGGAGAUGGCGGUUGCCCUAUCCCAGCAAAUAUCACGUGAAAACCUCAUGGUAUGCCAAUAUCUCCUCCUGUACCUGCACAGUGCUGACGGGGGCCAGAUAUUUGCAGGAGACCCCUGUCAUGAUUUAGAAGACUACUCCAUUGUCAUCGAGACACCAAUGUGGCUUUGCAAAAUAGCCGAGAAACUCGAGAAGAAACAGUACCAGACUGUUAACCAGUUUGUGACGGACGUCCAGCUCAUUUUCAGCAACUGUUUCAAGUACAACCAGAAUAAUGCUAAUUACCGUGCCAUUGGUGACCAUCUGAAACAACUAUUUAACAGAGAAUUUAAGAAGGCCUUCAGCAUCCCAUAAAUGGAUGUUUUUUUUCAGACCCAAAGUAAAUAAUGAGCAAAAUGUUAGAAAAGGACAUUUUGGGACUUCUUGCUGACCUGUGCUGUCUUUUCUUAAGAAUAACCUGCAGUGUUUUGAUCUUUCACUUCCUGUCACUCAUACAUAUUUGUCUGCCCCUCUGAAGACAGACCCAAUGCUACAAAGGUUUUUUGCAGGUGUGUUAAGUGCUUACAAAGCUGGCACUGACGCUCUCUGCUUUUCUAAGGACAAUGGAUUUUUGAUGUGUAAAUUACUUUAAAAAAAAAAACAACCAUCUUAUUCUUCGACAUAGUUGCUGAACUAUGACUGAACGACUGAAAGCAGAUGUGAUGUGGUUUUGCCAUAGUUGCCACAUCUGUCAGAUCGCUGGUAACACCGUUACUAUUUUAAAGUUACUUUUUAAAGUCAACAUUUUUCAAGCAGGUCCUUAAAAGAGUUAAACGUUUGAAAUGCAGUUGCUAGCACAUACCAUCCUGAAUCUCUAGGGGCUUUGAAAUGCUAGAAUCAGAUGUUGGAGUCAAGGCUACACAAGUACUACACUGACGUUGAAAAAGACUGGGAUGAAGGAAUGCCUUUCAACCUUGUUGCUGCUCAGGAGUCUUCCCAAAAAUAGCUUCUCCAAGCUAGUGUUUUGAUGUUCCACUUAAUAUCCUCAAAGACAGACUUCUGGAAUCUAAUGCGUCUCCAGAGCAGAAGGGAUUAGUUCAUGUUUUUCCACUUCCUUGAGCGAUUACACUGUUCACAUGUUUUUGCUAACAAUGUCCCUUUGCUCUUUCCAAACAACUAUGAAGUGUCAUUAGUUAUCUUUCAGAUUCACUUCUCCGUGGGAGAGGGCCUCAUUAGAGUUGGGUUCAAGAUUCUUUAUUUGUCAUUGAGCCAGCGCCCGAAAAACCAAGUGGUGUGAUCGAUGUGGAACAGUAAAUGCUUUUAUUGCAAAAGUUGCAUCGUAAGUGAGAGAAAAGGUAUGCCCUUUGAAGGUCUGUAGCAGAAGUGACGAAGCGAAAAGGCGAAGUUCCAGAAAUUAUGCAGUACAGCGGACCAAUCACAGUCCUCGCAUUCUGUAUUUCAUCAACGUGUCGUCAGAAAAUUUUGGAAGUGCACGUUGAGGGAUAUAGACGCUCUGCGGAGGGAGGUUCACAUCGAUGUAGAGGCUCUGCUUUGCAAUGUUGUUGACUGAUGUUUGGCAGAAAAGCAUCAGUUGGCCUUUAGAGUCACUGGCAGGUACCACUUCCUUUAUGGGUUUCAGAAAUUUCUGUAUUUGUAACUCCUGAUCAAUUUUUGCAGUACAUAGUUAGGGCCUGUGACUUAUGCAGUGGACCUGCCACGUUUCAGCACCUACUUAACAAGGAUGUUCACCUGUAAUCUGUCCUUAGAUGACCUAAUCAUAUACACCUCUAUUUGAGAAGAACAUCACAGUCCUUAAACAAGUUUUCACAUGACUAGCUGACAUCCAUCCAUCCAUUGUCGACCCCGUAUCCGGGAUUGGGACGUGGGAGCAGUAGCCUAAGCAGGCUAAGCUCAGACUUUUCUCUCCCCAGGGAGGCAUGUGCCCUGGAAAUCUCAACAGGGAGGCAUCUAAGUGGCAUCCUAGCCAGAUUACCGAGACACCUCAUCUGGCUCGUCUCAAUACUCUGACCCCCUCCCGGGUGACAGAGCUUCCCACCCUAUCUCUAUGGGAGAGUCCGUACACCCUGCAGAGGAAAUUCAUUUUGGACACUUGCAUCCACAGUCUUCUUCUUUCAGUCUCUACCCACAGCACGUGACCAUAGGUGA